UGAGACAGCUCGUCUACAAAAGCUCUGAAAUAUGUUGGAUUGCCCAUAUUUCCUGGGAAGUGUUGACCAGUCCAACUCAGGUCGCCCACAGCCCGAAAUCAGCACAAGUUCAAGAACCAAGUUCCACUUGACUGUCCAAACUCAGCCAGAGGACUCAACACGAACAGUCCCAGAUUCAACUUGUCAGCUGUGACUGCCCUUUAGUAUCUGAAAGAGAUCCAGCAGCAACAGCGGAACCUUAAAGCAGGUGAGUACGGAAAUCCCAGCGGAACAGUGCAGCAACUUUGACCCGGGACCAGGUACCACCCGGAGCGGCUUGACCUGCUCAAGCAAAGAGAGCUCUUGCUGCCAAUGGACAUCAAAGAGGUCUGUUAAAGCAGAGGAAUGGCGGUGAUUCUCCCCCUAAACAACGAGAUCUCUCCCCUCAACUCCGAAAAAGAGGUGUCGGAGCCCAUUAAAGAUGAGGAUUACAAGGAGAAUGGCGUGCUGAUUAAGAACUCCAUUUCCGGCCACAAGCUUUCCGAAGACGGCGAUAAGUCACCCUCCGGCAGCUUGGAGAAAGGGGACGCGGGCUGUAUGUUCAAUGGGUACUCGGCUGUGCAGAGCCCAGGGGGACGGAGCAGCCCCGGCGAUGGAGAUCGAGCUGCUCCCCUGGCCUCACUGCCGCUGCAGGAGAUCGACAAGGCGCCGGCUAUAGCCCGGGAAACCUGGAGCAAAAAAGCAGACUUCUUAUUCUCGGUCAUCGGGUACGCGGUGGACCUGGGCAAUGUCUGGCGUUUCCCUUACAUCGCGUACCAGAACGGGGGCGGAGCCUUUCUCAUCCCCUAUCUCCUGAUGGCUGUGUUUGGAGGCAUCCCACUCUUUUAUAUGGAGUUGGCGUUGGGACAGUAUCACAAAAAUGGAGCAAUUUCUAUAUGGAGGAAAAUAUGCCCAAUUUUCAAAGGGAUUGGAUAUGCAAUCUGUAUAGUAGCACUAUAUGUUUCCUUUUACUACAAUACCAUUAUCGCCUGGGCUUUGUACUACCUCUACUCAUCAUUUACUUCUGAGCUCCCAUGGACCAGCUGUAACAAUAAAUGGAAUACUCAGAACUGCACCAAAUACUUUGUAAAAGAUAACAUCACCUGGACCAAGUACUCCACCUCUCCUGCAGAAGAGUUUUACAUUCGCCAAGUACUUCAGGUUAACAAAUCAAACGGAUUGGAUGACCUGGGUGGCAUCAGCUGGCAGUUAGCACUUUGUCUCUUCUUUAUAUUUGUUGUGGUGUAUUUUAGUAUUUGGAAAGGUGUAAAGACUUCUGGAAAGGUUGUGUGGGUGACAGCCACUCUCCCCUAUGUUGUACUGUUUAUUCUCCUGAUACGAGGUGCCACUCUACCUGGAGCCUGGAGAGGACUGCUCUUCUACCUUAAACCUGAAUGGAACAAACUGCUUACCACCCAGGUGUGGGUGGAUGCUGCUGCACAGAUUUUCUUUUCACUUGGCCCAGGAUUUGGUGUGCUCUUGGCAUUCGCCAGCUACAACAAAUUUAAUAACAACUGUUACAAGGAUGCAUUGGUCAUCAGCACUGUGAACUGCUUGACCAGUUUCAUGUCUGGUUGUGUUAUAUUUACUGUUCUUGGCUACAUGGCAGAAAAGAGGAAUGAAGAAGUGGCAGAUGUGGCCAAAGACACCGGCCCCAGUCUACUUUUCAUUACUUAUGCAGAGGCAAUCACCAAUAUGCCUGCAUCCACAUUUUUCGCUAUAAUAUUUUUCCUAAUGUUGAUCACUUUGGGCUUGGACAGUACGUUUGCAGGCCUGGAAGGAGUGAUAACAGCAGUACUAGAUGAAUAUUCAGAGCUACUUCGAAAACGUCGUGAAUGGUUUGUGCUGGGCCUGGUCAUAGUCUGCUAUUUGGGAGCUCUGAGCACCCUUACAUAUGGUGGAGCAUUUGUGGUGAAGUUUUUUGAAGAAUAUGCUACUGGAGCUGCUAUCAUUGCUGUCGUUUUUCUAGAAUCCAUAGCAGUGUCUUGGUUUUACGGAAUGAAACGUUUCUGCAGGGAUGUUAAAGAAAUGCUUGGCUUUAGCCCCGGCUGGUUCUGGCAGAUAUGCUGGUUUGCGAUUAGCCCAAUUUUCCUACUGUUCAUCAUUGGCAGUUUCCUGUCAGCUCCUCUAGAACUUAAGCUCUUUAAUUAUACAUAUCCCUAUUGGACUGCAGUAGUUGGCUACUGCGUUGGUACUUCAUCAUUUAUCUGUGUUCCGUCCUACAUGGUUUACAAAAUUAUAAUUACUCCAGGAACAUUUAAACAGCGAAUUUUGAGAAGUAUCACUCCAGAAGUUGAAGAAAAUGAAACUCCUAAUUCUGGUGUCCACCUGAAUUCUGUCUGAUAUAACCAUGAGUGCUCUUAACUUCCUGGACUGACUGCUAAGAUCAGUCAAUGGUAUUUGAGCGGUCAAAAUCAUGCCCCAAAUUAUAGACAUGAGGAGACAGAGCAAUCCUCAAAAUGCAGCUUAAUGAUGUCAGUAUUCCCUCCCAGUUCUUUAGACUUUUGUUGUUCUACUGGGGUCAUCAUAUAUUCUUGCCCCCACACACUCAGUCUCUCUCACUCACACUCACACACACAGCUCAAUUGUAAAAGUCAGAAAAAAGGUAUUCCUUUUUAUGUCUACAGAGCAUUAUGCUACACAUUGUUUUUAUAAUGAAUGAAUACCAGUGACUGGAGACUAUUGCUAUGUCCUAAAAUGAUGUAUUUUGUGUAUUUUGAAGCAAUUGGUAUUGUAAUUAAAGGCAAGCAAUUUAUUGUUAAAUUACAACAUCAGAAUUUUUUAUGACCAAGCUGCCAAAGCAACAUUUCAAAGAUAAUUAGAAACUUGAUUUUUAACAUAAGAUGGAGUUUGGAUCAGUUAUUAAAGGUUACAUGAAGUCAUUACGAUUAGCUUGUGUAUUUGUUCAAAAGUGUAAAUUGUUGACUUUUAGUCCAAGUGUAGUCCUGAACCUGAUUUUUGUUGUGUUUGAUGGAAUACUUCACAUCUAUGUUCAGGUGCCUUAUUCACUGUAUUCCAUAUUUCAAUACUAAGUCAUUGCUUUUAUACUUUUAAAAAGAAAUUGCAGGUAAAUGGGAAAUAAAAUCACCAAAAUGAAGAGCUAACUGGAAUAGUAAACAUUAUUUUUUGUACAUAAUACAUUUAAAACAGAUCAUUUAAAAUAAUGAUUAUAAUUUUUAUAAAACAUUUCAUAUAAAUUUUUUUUACAUUUUAAAAAGCUUCAAAACUCACUUAGGUAGUGUUCUUCAAAAUUAAUGCGGUGGUUACCCUGGACUUUGUAGUCAAGUAACAACUUGAAAAUGUUGAAAGUUGAAUGGGCAUCCACUGACAAGAUUGUUGUGAUUCAAACUACAUCGAGAUGGUAGUACAACCCUUGGUCUUCACAUAUCUGAUGACUGAGCUGCUAAUUUUGAUACAAAUACGGCUGUGUGGCAUUUUUACUGAAUUUACUGAUGCUACAGCUGUUGUUCUUAACUUAUAAAGUGGCCAGUAGUAUUUGAGUCAAGUUUGGUCAAGUUAUGAUGGAAACUUAAGUUCAUUGUGUUUAACCCAGCUUUGUAAAAAGAGAAUUGCACAGUGCAAGAAAAAAAGUCCAUCUUGAUUUGGAAGUCCAAUUCUUUUAGUUCAAGAUUUCUAUUGCAAAUAAAGGAAACCUAUGAGACCAUUUACCUUGCAGUUACCACUUUACAUUGGGUGAUGAAAUUAAAUGUGUUGUACCCAGACAUAUUAGAAGGCAUCAUCAAUCAUUCACGUAAUUGUUCUGGCAACAUUCAUCACUCUGUUCUUAAAAAGUCACUGCUACAUAAUUCAGUAAAUUAACAAGACAUUAAUUGAUUACUCUUAGAGACAGAGUUCAUGUCUUUUAUUCUCUGUGAUGCUGUUUGCUAAUCAGUCCCACUUGAGAGCUGAGCCAAGUUAUUUUCCUAUAGUCAUGUAAAAUGUUGGCACAGCAUCUGACCAUGCAGAUUUCAUUUCUUCUAAUCAAAGCACUACUGAACUACUAUAAAUAUUGAAAACUUCAUUUUUAAAAAUGGCCAGACCAAAUUAUUUUGUCCUGACGUCGAUUAAUUGAAACAGUUUUGAUUGCAACAAAGAAAAAACAUUAUUUUCCCAAUAGCAACAAAUAUUUUGACAUUUUAUCCUCAGAUGGUUAUUACUUUAUUGUACAGCCAGGGAGGAUUGUAGCCAAUUCAUUCAAUCUCCCUUGCUGUUGCUUAUGCCAAAAGAAACCAGUUAACAACACAGUAAGAAUAAACAUAUUUUAAAAUAGAAAAUAUUUUUUACUAAAACAAAGUAAGAACAAUCCUGCAUCAAACAAGACACUCAGAAGUGAUCCGUAUUAAUCUGAAAUUGAAUUUAUAAAGGUGAAGUUGUUCCCUUAACAUAAAAGCAUUUUAUGAUUUAAUAUAUUGUUCACUGGACUGUGUUGUUCAAUUGAAAUUAUUAGCUAAGAAUCUAAUUAAAAUAAUCAACUUAAUUUAAGACCCAGUAGAUGAAUGGUUCCAGCCCAUUAAAACAAUAAUGCGAAUAACAACACACAGAUUUGGAUAGGAAUGGGUCAUUAGGCUCCACUAACCUGCUUUGCCAUUCAAUAACAUCAUUGCUGAUCUGCUUGUGGCCUCAACUCUAUAUUCCCGCCUAGUAUUAGUAACCAUAGGCACCCUUAUCUAAUGCUGCCUCUAAAGUAUUCAAUGAUGUAUGCAGUGCACCAAAACACUCCAUCCACUGGACUGUGGAUUAACUAAUUCAAUGUUAAAGCACAGAGAUUAACCCCUGAAAACAUACUGCUUUGUUUGCGAUGAAACUACCUCUGCCCCUCCCACCAGCAAAAGAAUUGGGGAAGUUUAAAGAAUCUAUUCCUGCUGGAUUAAAUUCCAAUUGAUCUCAUUCCUUUUUUCCCCAAAUCUGCUUUUGCUCCUUGGAUAACCAUUGCCACCAUUCAGGGCACAAUGAGCCAGACCAUUCAAACCAUCAACAAGAAAGGCACAAUUCCAUUCCUUGUUACUGUGGUCUUUUCCGUUGGCUGGGGUGGGGUCUAGAACUUGGGGACACAAUUGCAUUUAUGGCCGAUAAGGAAUCGCUUCAUGCAAAGAGUGGUUAAUUUUGGAAUUGUCUAUUUUUUUCUGCAAACCAAUUCUUGUACAAUUUAGGCAAUAACUAUGUUUUGGAAAAUCAGCCAAAGUCCCUCAACGGCAAUAUAUUAUCAUUUAAGUGAACUAGUUAUGAACAUUCCUAUGUACUUAACUGUACAAGCAGGAGUAAAGUACUUCAAAUCAAAUAACUGAAUGGCAAGUAAGCUCAAGUACAUUAUCCCUAUCACAACUGGUAUUAUUGGCUAUAGAGAUCUAUACCUUUCAGCCAUCUCUUGCAAAUGUUAGAGAUACUACAAGUACAGGUAGUCCAUGGAGAAUUUACAUCAUUUUUACCCAUUGAUCACACAGUUAAACAAUUCCAGAGUAUAACAGGAGGCCCUCUUGCAACAUUUAUAAUGGGAUUUUUCAGGUAAGCAUAUUUUUAAGGGUGUUAACAUGGUACCAUAAAAGGAUUAAGAGGUUAGUUGUAAAUCAUGGCAAUACCUGCCUGUUUUGUUGUCAUUAUUUUAUGAGGUCAUUUUCUGUCACCUACACAGAUGCACUUCCAUUAGCAAUGAGACUAUUAACCUUUAUUCCCUUACUCAGCACAGGGAUAAGUGCCUGUAGUUGAAUAGCUUUCACAGUUCAGUCCUAAUUCACAAUAUGUUUUUCGUCAUGUUGGGUUAUCAACAAAACAUUCCACAAUAUAAGAACCAGGCACAUAGAAAAACUGAGUUUAAACUGGGACUAAUAAACUGGCUUUAGAUCAAGUUGUCGGAUUGAUGGCUGAUAAACUAAUGUAACAUUAUCUUGUGCUGAUUAUGAUUCCAUAACAUUCCAGUCAUUUUAAAAAGUACUUGGAAUUUGUUGCACAUUAAAGAGAUAAUUAACUGCUCUUUAGAGUGCACACAGCUUCAUUCACUUUUGUUUUUAAGUACAGUAUUUUCAUAUUUGUGAGGUUGCUUAUGCAACUGCCAAUGUAUGAAGCCAUUUUUGUAUGUCUUCUGUAUUUGUUGCUCAAGUCUGUACAUUUAUUGACUGUGUCAGUUAUGUAUUACUGUCUAAUGUCUUUGUCCAGCUUUUGUAUGUUGCAAAUUAUAUUUCUAAAUUGUUGUAGUAAUUAUAUCUUGCAAAUGUGUGCCUACAGUUAUUAUUUUACAUGAUUAAAUAAAAGUUUAUUAUUUCCAUUAACUAGAGUAAUGACUUACUAAA